AAAUAAAUAAAUAAAGAGGUUGAAACUAAGAAAGAGGAGGUUUACACACAAUUCGCAACUCACCGUCACCAGUCUCUCUCCUCUUAUCUCCUCUCGACUCUCCACCGAAAUUGGCCACGAUUGUCAUUCAAGUCUUGUUCCCUACUACGUGGAACUCGUCUGUUGGGAAAUAACCGAAAAUUUUUAUACCACUGAUUUGAUUCCCGUUUAUUUUUUUUCCUUAGAUGAACUGGAGAGUUGUGGAGAGCUACAAUCAGAUAUUUGACAGUCAAUUAUUGUUCUGCUUAUGUAAUUACUUUCAUGAUUUUGGGGAUUUUGUGACCGUAUAUGAUGAUAGGUUUGUGAGGGGGUAAGUGGAUGGAAGAAUUGGACAUAGGUGUUGGAUAGGUUACCCAAUUGCUUGAUGUACAAACAAAUUCUCGGUGUAUUUGGGAUUUUAAUGAAGUUGAGACUGAUUUGGGUGUUUUAGGUAAGAAAAUAGGAAGCAUGAAUAUUGAUGAGUUUAUUAAAAGUGAUUGGAACCCUGAAAUCCAUCAAGCUGUCGGUAUAGAAGGAAGAAAUAAUGGUUCAUCGAUUAAGUCGUUACAAGGUCAGGGAAGCCUACGUUUGUCAAGGACUGUUAGUGAGAAGAUUGUUGAUGAGGUGUGGAGAGAGAUACAACAAGAGGAUAGGAUCAAAGGCGGUAGUCAGGGAGUAAAGAGAGAGCCUUCAAUGGGUGAAAUGACUUUAGAAGCCUUCUUGGCUAAAGCGGAAGCCAUGGAUGUAACUGCUUUAAGUCCUGUGAUGCCUAUGCCUGUAGACAUGGAUGAUACUACACAAUGUUUCUCACAGCAAAUGGGUUUAUCUCCAGCUCCUUCGAUUGACACAAUAUCUGAUACACCAAUUCAAGGGCCGGAAAGGAUUUCCUCAAAUCCAAUGGAGAGGGGCAUUGAAAAGAGACUGAAGAGGAAAAUUAAAAACAGGGAAUCUGCUGCUCGUUCUCGUGCCAGAAAACAGGCAUAUCAUAAUGAGCUGGUCAGCAAGGUUUCACUGCUUGAGGAGAAAAACAUGAGGCUUAAGAAAGAGAAGGGAAUUCAAUUUAUAGAGAACUAUGUUGUUUGCCUUUGACGUUAGUUAUGUCAUGAGGCUAUUUGAUGAAACAGGAACUGGAGAGCCGUUUGUCUGAAGUAUCAAAUGAACCAAGGUAUCAGCUAAGGAGAACCAGCUCAGCCGUUUUUUAAUGAGUCUGUAAAGAUUUUGUAGGUUAGGCCUGUGGCGCUUUCAGUUUUUAUGUACCGUUAAUGUUGCAAUCACUGUUAUCACAUUAUUGCUAGGAUUACUUUUGUCCCCAUGAAAUCACUCUGUAUGUCUUGUUAGACAAUCUUGCUUCUUCCUGAUUAAUUCUAGCUUAGGUUUCCUCCAAAAAAAAAAAAAAAAAAAAAAAAAAAAAAAAAAUGAGAACUUUGAUUUCUGGCUCUGUGUAAUUAUGAAUUUUUAUAUUUUUAAUAAAAAAUAUAGUAAUGUGAUAUUUUGUUAUAA